AUGCUCUUCCAACACUCUCUUGCCACCCUCAUCUCUCUCUUCGCCCUCACCUCCGCCAUACCUCUCUCAGAGUACAAAGCCCAAUACACUGCCUCUGAAAUUGAGGCCCUGCAAGCUCGUCAAGAUCAAGAGUAUAACUUCUGGCGCGUUGACUUCUACACUUCCGGCUGUGAUGAUGAGCCCGCUAGUGGCUUCAGCGGCAUGAACGACCAGAUUUUCGAAUGCACUGGUGGAGCUGAGGGUGGAUUUCACAACGCCAAGAUGACUGAUAUGGCGAAGAACGGCCGUAAGGUCGUGCUGUACUCUGAUCUUGCCUGUAGGAAUGAGAUUGGACAGGUUCUCAGGGAUGGGACUUGUGUUGCUGCGGCUAGUGAUUCGGUCAUCGAGGGUUACGCUAUCGUGCCGUUUUAG